UUGAAUAACUGACUUUUUUCUCGAUCUGUUACGAAGUAGCGAGAAAAGUUUUGAAUAUUGAUUUAUAUGACACAUUAAAGACUAUUUUUUAAAUAUCUUGUAUUAUGAGAUGUGUCGUAUCUUUUAAAAAAAUUGCUAUAACAAGUGUAUUCUAUGUAUGAUAAAAAAUUGGCAACCCUGGUAGUUAGUGAUGGAAAAUUCCACUGCUGCUAUACGUCUGAGGUAUACAUUUUAGGUGAACUAAAUUCACAGAAAAAAAAACUACAAAAUGGCGGCUGGAAAGUCGUCUGCUCUAAGUGAGGUUGGGGAUUUUUUAGUUGUUGCUGGCUAUUUUGUUUUACUCGUUUCCGUUGGAAUAUGGAGUCUGUGUCGCGCACACCGAGGUACAGUGAGGAACUAUUUCCUAGCAGGUCGGUCAAUGACUUGGAUUCCAGUUGGGGCUUCAUUAUACGCCAGUAAUAUAGGAAGUGAACAUUUUAUUGGCCUCGCUGGUACCGGAGCUGCAGCCGGCAUUUCUAUCAUCAUUUAUGAAUGGCUGGGAAUGCCCCUAGUAAUCUUACUCGGAUGGAUGUUUGUCCCGGUGUACAUAUCAGCAGGGGUAACGACGAUGCCGGAGUAUAUGGAGAAGAGAUUUGGGGGUCAGAGAAUACGAGUUUAUCUCAGUAUUCUAUCCCUCGUUGUCUACAUUAUAGUGCGCCUUGCUGCGACUAUAUUCGGAGGAUCUCUGUUCAUACAGAUGGCGAUGGGUUGGAACAUGUAUCCUUCCAUAGCGUUCUUGUUGGUCGUCACUGGCUUAUUCACAAUAUUAGGAGGUCUAACAACUGUUAUCUACACAGACACGUUCCAGACCGGAAUUCUCUUGGUAGGAUCCAUAGUCCUGUCCGCGAUGAGUUUUCAUAAAAUAGGCGGGUACGCAAACCUCCGUGAGAAGUAUAUGGACUCCACCCCGUCGAUUCGGGAUUACAACAGCACGUGCGGUUUACCGCGCGAGGAUGCAUUUAACAUACUUCGUGACCCGAUUAAUUCAGACAACCCCUGGCCUGGCCUCAUAUUGCAGAUGGUUUUAGGGUGUAUGUGGUAUUGGUGCAACGAUCAGGUAAUUGUUCAAAGGACAUUGGCAGCAAAGACACUGUCUCAUGCCAAAGCCGGAUCUCUGGUAGCCGGCUAUCUGAAGAUUUUACCCAUGUACAUCAUGGUCAUGCCGGGAAUGAUUAGCAGAAUUCUAUUUCCAGAUGAGGUAGCUUGUGUGGACCCUGAAGAGUGUACCAAAUAUUGCGGUAAUCCCGUCGGCUGCUCGAACAUCGCGUAUCCCAAACUUGUGCUCGAAAUCUUACCCACAGGAUUACGGGGUUUACAGGUGGCGGUGAUGUUGGCUGCCAUUAUUGGCUCACUGACCUCCAUCUUUAACAGUGCUAGCACAAUAUUUACCAUGGAUCUCUGGACAAGAAUACGUUCUAAAGCAUCCGAGAAAGAAAGACUUGUUGUAGGAAGAGUAUUUAUUGUGUUUAUGUGUAUACUAAGUGUAUUGUGGAUACCGCUGGUUAAAUCCUCUCAAAGUGGACAACUUUUUAUCUACCUUAACGCCAUACAAGGUUACCUAGCAACGCCUAUUGGUGCCCUGUUUUUGAUGGCAGCAUUAUGGAAACGUAUGACUGAGCCGGCUGCGUUUUACUCUUUGCUGAUCGUUCAAGUUAUUGGGCUGGCUCGAUUGGUGAUAGAUUUCACGUACCCUGCACCUAUCUGUGGUGAGCCGGAGACCCGACCUGCUGUGUUGUAUGAAGUACACUACACGUACUUCUGCGUGAUGCUAUUUUUCCUGACGAUGAUUGGUAUAGCCAUCAUCAGCAUGUUUACGUCGCCCAGAGAUAAUGUUGAUGGACUUACAUGGUGGACCAUAAAGAAAGGAUUAGACAAGAAGGCAGAGUCUGAUCCUGAAAUUUCAGGUCAACUUGAAAGUAAGACGGAUUUUACAGUUGAAAGUGAAUCGUCUGAGAAUUCGACAUCAGACGACACUAGAUCACGUGAUACGAGUGACGAGGAUAGACAGCGUUCUAAUGAGAUCGGAAAGGUUAGACGGAUCCUAUACAGAAUAUGCGGCGUGCCAAUAGUGUCACACUCCUAUCACAGCGAAGAUUGUCAUGUCAAAUAUAAGAAACAGUUCUUUAUAGAAGAUCCAUUCUGGAAAAUGGUGUUAGAUAUAAGCGCUGUACUCGGGAUGGUUCUGGUUGUGUUUUUGGUCGGUUUUUACCACUGAUGCAUUAAUAACAUAUAACAUUUUUUUCUCUAUUUAUUUCGCUUGGUUUUACAAGCAUAUUGUGAGUUUAUUUGGCCGAAAUAUCGACAAGGAUUCGAUGCUAAGCUGAGGUUCAUUGUCCUUUUUUCUCUAUUUAUUUUGCUUGGUUUUACAAGCAUAUUGUGAGUUUAUUUGGCGGAAUAUCGGCCAAGACUCGAUGCUAAGCUGGGGUUCUUAGAUCUUUUUUCUCUAUUGAUAUUGCUUGGUUUUACAUGCAUAUUGUCAGAGUUAAUUUGGCCAGAAUAUCGACCAGGACUCGAUGCUAAGCUGAUGUCCUUAGGCUUUACAUUACUUAGUAGUUAACGGACAUAAAACAGUAUAGUUAUAUAUCAGACGCUAGAAUAUAUAUAGAUAUAUUUGCUACUGGAGUUUUAAACUGAAUUAUUGAAAAUUUAUUUUUAUUAUACUUUCGGUCGAUAUGUUCGAACAACUUAUUUAUCUAUUUAACAAUGUUGUAAUAAAAAGGGAGUUAAGAGAUGAAAA